AUGCCGCUCGCCGCUACCGACGACGUCAACGCCAUCGAGGCGCCGGUGACGUUCAAGGCCUACCUCAUGUGCGCCUUUGCCUCGUUCGGAGGUAUCUUCUUCGGCUACGACUCGGGAUACAUCAACGGUGUCCUUGGGUCGCGCGAGUUCAUCACGGCCAUCCAGGGCGCCGACGCCGACGAGAUCUCGGAGUCCAACACGUCGCUCAUCGUCUCGAUUCUCUCGGCCGGUACUUUCUUUGGCGCCCUCAUUGCCGGUGACCUCGCCGACCGCUUCGGUCGUCGCUGGACCAUCAUCAGCGGAUGCGGUAUCUACAUCGCUGGCGUUGUUGUCCAGAUGUUCGCCGCCAGUGCCCUCGCAACGAUCGUAAUGGGCAGGCUCCUCGCUGGAUUCGGCGUGGGAUUCGUCUCGGCCAUUAUCAUCCUGUACAUGUCCGAGAUCUGCCCACGCAAAAUUCGCGGCGCCCUCGUCUCGGGUUACCAGUUCGCGAUCACGAUCGGAUUAAUGCUUGCAGCCAUAAUUAACAACUUCACGAGCGAUUUGGAGGGGGGAGGAGCGAGUUACCGCAUCCCUAUCGGCAUCCAGUUCGCUUGGGGCCUCAUCCUCGGCAUCGGCCUCUUCUUCCUCCCCGACUCGCCGCGUUACUUCGUCAAGCGCGGCAAGCUCGACAAAGCGCGCGACGUCCUCGUUCGCCUGCGCGGUCAGCCCGCCGACUCGAAGCUUGUCGAGGUCGAGCUCGCCGAGAUUGUCGCCAACGCAGAGGCCGAGGCUCGUGCGAUGCCGACCGACACCUGGUUCGGCAGUUGGGCGGCGUGCUUCAGCGGUAGCGUGUUCGACUCGAGCAGCAACCUUCGCCGCACGAUCCUCGGCACGUCGCUCCAGAUGAUGCAGCAGUGGACCGGCGUCAACUUCAUUUUCUACUACUCGACGCCCUUCCUCCAGUCGACUGGCGCCAUCGACGACGCGUUCCUCACCUCGAUGAUCUUCACCAUCGUCAACGUGUGCUCGACGCCGAUCUCGUUCUACACGGUCGAGAAGUUCGGCCGUCGUCCUCUCCUCAUCUGGGGCGCGUGCGGCAUGAUGAUCUGCCAGUUCCUCACGGCCAUCAUCGGCGUGACCGUCGGCUUCAACAAGACGUUCGUCAACGCGGCCGGCGAGACCCUCGCCACCAACGUGAGCGCCGUCAACGCUCAGGUCGCCUUCAUCGCCAUCUUCAUCUUCUUCUUCGCGUCGACCUGGGGCCCUGGCGCCUGGGUCCUCAUCGGCGAGAUCUUCCCGCUCCCGAUCCGCUCGCGCGGCGUCGCCCUUUCGACGGCGUCGAACUGGCUCUGGAACACCAUCAUCGCCGUCAUCACGCCGUACAUGGUCGGCUCCAACCGCGGCAACCUUCGUUCGAGCGUCUUCUUCGUCUGGGGCGGCCUGUGCUCGUGCGCGUUCGUCUACGCCUACUUCCUCGUGCCCGAGACCAAGGGCCUCUCGCUCGAGCAGGUCGACCAGCUCUUUGCCGAGACGACUCCUCGCAAGUCUUCCCGUUGGCGCCCGACCAGGACCUACGCUGCCGAGAAGCGCGAGCAGUAUCCGUCGCACGACGGGAGCGGCGACAACUUUGCCGACCCGAGCGCGCCCAAGGGAAAGUACGGCAACGAGGGCGAGGUCUCGCACCUCGCUUGAGCGCGCUUGAGCGCGCUUGAGCGCUCCUCCUCCCUCCACCUUCCUCCAUCUCAUCGUUCCCGUGCUCGUGCACAUACAUGUACAAUCUGGGCUUUCCUCCUUUGCUCUCCUCUCGAGUAUUUGAGCCGCCUCGCCAGCAACGCAGUUUUCCCU